UAGAGCCAGUGUUGUUGAAACAACUUCAAGUCAAGUCCGAUCAUAAAUCAUAUACUUUAGACCAACCAAAAUGAAAUUCACUUUGCUUCUGCUUAUUGCCAGCUUUGCCUGUAUCCUGGCCGCACCCGCUCCCGUUGCCGAGGAGCAGCAAGAGUCAUCUGUGAAGGCCAAACGAGGCUUGUCAUUGGGUUUGGGCUACCACGCCCCCUUGGUAACCCAUUCCCAUUACAUUGCCGCUCCGACGGUGGUGCACCAUGCCCCCAUAAUCUCGCAUGCACCGCUCAUUGCCCACGCCCCACUGAUUGCCCACCAUCCGAUAUCCUCGGUGUCAUAUCACCUGCCGUCGUACCACUCCAUUCACCACUUCUAA